AUGGUCAACACCGAGCAAUUAUAUGCGGUGCCUAAAGCGACUCAACAAGCGAUACAAGGCAAGCGCGCGAGGAUCGUCAAAAAACGAUUACCAGCAGCAAUGAAGGUGGAGAGAGCAAAUGGAGGUAACAAAGAAUGCGCGCAGGAGGCAGCCAUAACGACCAACACGUUCUAUGAGCCUACCGUACUCCCAGAUUACGGAGGAGAGCUGUUUCAGCAUGCCAAUGCCAAACUCUGUCAGCUGGAUAUCAGGAAUGUGGAGAACAUAUUGAUCCCACCUCAAGAAUGGUACUCCAGCCUCAGGCGCGGCACUCUCGUCACGAUCAGGGCGACUCUACAUGCUUUCAAUUGGAAAGAACACCGGAUUUACCAAUUAAACGCACAUACUAUUCGUGCUAUCGUGUUGGGCAGAAGCCCAGGGCGGAUGUUUUAA